GCUUGUGGGAUCACCAACCAACCAGACACCAUGACCACUCUGGCUUACGCCGUCGUACUCAGCGCACUGGUUGGCAGUGCUUUGUGCGGUGUCCUGGGUGGCGGAUAUGGAGGUGGUGCAGGCCUUGCAGGCCUUGGCGGUGGAGGUCUGGGAGGCGGUGCUGGAGUAGGAGUCGGCAGCAGCGUGGUGCUCCUCGGCGGUGGUGGCGCCGGUUACACCAAGUCCGUGGCCGGACCCUCGUUUCUUGUGAACACGGUGCACCACGUGUCUAAGGUUGAUGGUGGAGGUGCUGUCGUUGCCCACUCUGGCCUCGGAGGCGCCGGCGGAGGCUUUGGUGGACUAGGUGCCGGAGGUUAUGGUGGAGGCCUUUUGGUCGGUGGCGCUGACCUUGGAGGUGCCGGUCUCGGCCUUGGCGGAGGAUAUGGUGGCGGAUACGGUGGCGGCAAGAUUGUCCUUCUGAAAGGAGGAUGGCACAAAUGAGUGACUUCCACAUAAGGAGAAACGGCCCGUGGACCGAGUUACGUGGAGCCGUUUUGGGGAUGGGCUUCCAUGGCUUCAACAUAUCAUCAAAGCCGAAGAGAACGAAGAAACGUGACAUGUAUUUUCAGCAGGUGUAAAUAAACAUCACUGGUGGACAGCUGUCCACAUCACCUGAAUACACUGA